GAGCGGGUGACAGAGACACACCGUCCUCAUCAGCAAAAUGAGGAGGAAUUAGCUCAGCGACCGUCGCUGUCGUCCGUGUUCCCGCAGCGCGAUGCUCGGACCGGAUGUUUAAAGACCGAACCUCCCUGUCUGCCGUAGAUCAGCGCGGAGAUCCGACUUGGUUCUAUCAAUGAGAUAUGUGGAGUGGCUCUACCGCUCGGUGGUAACGCAGAAAAACACAAGAUGAAGAAGCAGUUCAACCGGAUGAGACAGCUCGCCAACCAAACAGUGGGCAGGGCUGAAAAAACAGAAGUAUUAAGUGAAGACCUGCUACAGGUGGAGAAACGUCUGGAGCUGGUCAAACAGGUUUCCCACAGCACACACAAGAAGCUGACCGCAUGUCUGCAGGGCCAGCAGGGCGUGGAUGUGGACAAGAAGUCUGUCAGGUCGCCCUCGAAAAAGCUUCCUCUCACAACACUCGCACAAUGUAUGGUGGACGGGGCGGCAGUGCUCGGAGACGAGUCUCUACUAGGGAAAAUGCUGAAGCUCUGCGGCGAGACGCAGGACAGACUCGCUCAGGAGCUCAUCAUGUUCGAGCUCACCAUAGAGAAAGACGUCAUCGAGCCUCUGUACGACCUCGCAGAGGUGGAAAUCCCAAACAUCCAGAAACAAAGGAAACACUUAGCAAAGCUGGUCCUGGACAUGGACUCUGCACGCACACGGUAUUAUCAGUCCACCAAGUCCUCAGGACUGUCCAGCAACCUGCAGCCAACAGGAGCCAAGGCCGACCACCUCAGGGAAGAGAUGGAGGAGGCAGCCAACCGCAUGGAGAUCUGUCGAGAUCAGUUAUCAGCCGACAUGUACAGUUUUGUGGCCAAAGAAAUUGACUAUGCAAGCUACUUCCAGACACUGAUAGAGGUCCAGGCGGAGUACCACAGGAAGUCAUUAGAGCUGCUUCAGAGUGUUCUGCCCCAGAUCAAAGCUCAUCAGGAGACCUGGGUGGAGAAACCGUGCUAUGGGAAACCGUUAGAGGAGCACUUAGCGCUCAGCGGGAGAGAUAUUGCCUUCCCCAUCGAGGCCUGUGUCACCAUGCUGCUGGAGUGUGGGAUGCAGGAGGAGGGUUUGUUCAGAAUCGCUCCCUCAGCCUCCAAACUGAAGAAGCUGAAGGCGUCUUUAGACUGCGGGGUGUUGGAUGUUCAGGAGUACUCUGCAGACCCGCACGCCAUCGCAGGUGCUUUGAAGUCCUACCUGCGGGAGCUUCCUGAGCCUUUAAUGACCUUUGAACUCUACAAUGACUGGAUCCAGGCCUCCAACAUUCAAGACCAAGACAAGAGACUUCAGGCUCUCCUCAGCGCCUGUGAGAAACUGCCCCCAGCCAACAACAACAACUUUAAGUAUCUGAUCAAAUUCCUCUCCAAACUGACCGAGUACCAGGAUGUGAACAAGAUGACACCUGGAAACAUUGCUAUUGUCCUCGGACCCAACCUCCUGUGGACACACAACGAGGGGAACAUCACAGAGAUGAUGACGACAGUUUCCCUGCAGAUCGUCGGCAUCAUCGAGCCCAUCAUCCAGCACGCCGACUGGUUCUUCCCUGGAGAAAUCGAGUUCAACGUCACAGGGAACUAUGGAAGCCCCGUCCACACCAACCACAAUGCCAACUACAGCUCAAUGCCGUCCCCGGACAUGGAUCAGAUCGACCGCAAGCAGAACGACCAGAGCCGACGGCCGCUCAGCGUCGCCACAGACAACAUGAUGCUGGAGUUCUACAAGAAAGAUGGCAUUAGGAAGAUACAAAGCAUGGGUGUCAGGGUGAUGGACACUUCUUGGGUGUCGCGCAGGGGCUCGUCGUCUACUCGUAAAACUUCCUCCACGCCACCGAGCGUGCAUCCCCCCGUCCCGCCCACUGACGCUCUCCUCCCCGAGCAGCCUGGGGAAUUCUCUGCCUCCCCCUCCCCCACUCCUCCUCCCACUAGCAGCGACCGAGCCAGCUCGGAUGAUGCAUCCUCCAAUUGGUCGGACUCCUGUUACGCCUACCCCUCCCCUGAGGAGGAGAGGCCACCUCCCCCUUACCCAUCUUCCUCAUCUUCCUCCUCCUCCUCUUGCUCUUCCUUCUCGCUCCCUCACCACCAUUUCUACACCCGAGCACCUCCGGGUAUGCGUCCCGUCGCUCCCAGCCCCGAAUCCGUGCCUCCCGGCCCGUCCCCUCCACCCCGUCGCUCUGGCUACAGCCCACCCCCACUCCCCCACUCCCUUUGUCCAUCCCCUCAGCAGCUUGAUGUCAACUCCAACCCCAAACCCAACUCCCUGCACCUUCCCAAACAGGCCUCCCUGUCCGACGCUCCGCAUGCGCCCCUGUCCGAAACGAAUGGCUCCACCCUUUACAUCAAACCCCCGCUCGUUCUUACUCGUCACGAUCUGUUCCUGGGCUCCCCCAAACCCCCCAACACUCCCCUGUCUGCUCCCCCUCCGUGGGCCGCCUGUGCCUGUAGCCGAGAGCGAGGAGCCAAGCUGACUAGUACUCUGAAGAACAAGGAGCUGUCUCCAGUGAUUGGACAGAAGGGAAUCCAGGGAACAGUGACCUCUAGUGGACAGCUGCAGCACUCUGAGCACAGCCCGCACACCCUGAGGAGAGCAAAGAAGCUGGCCCCGAUCCCACCUAAAGGCCCUUACUGCCAGACAGGAGCCAUGUCCGACCAGUCAACAGGUCAGCCGUCUCCGGUCAGCUUGUCGCCCACUCCGCCCAGCACCCCCUCCCCAUACGGCUUCAGCUACCCACAGGGAUACGCUACCAUCGGCUCCCCGGGUCAGGCCCAGAUGGCCACCACCCCGUCUCUGUCCUCUCCACCCUCGUUGGCGGGGACUCUCACCAAAGCCAGGCCGACCCCCAAGCCGCCCCGGCAGAGGCCCAGCUUACCUCCUCCUCAGCCCCCCACCACGCCCGGCACCAGUCCCCAGCCUCUGGAGCAUUCGUCAGGUCUCCUGGAUGGUUUGUCUCCUGGGGAGAGCAUGUCCACAGAUUCUCUCUGCAACUUGGACAUCCCCGUCAUUAACAUGGAACUGGACGGUAUUUUUGACUUGCCCCACAUCUCCCCCUUCAGGAACUCAGUGGCGCUGCUCGAGUUGACCAACAACAGAGCAGAGUCGGAGGAAGAGUCUGAGAGCACAGUGCUAUGAUGCCACUGAGUCCCCACCCCCUACCCCCCGCCCCCCGCCCCCCGCCGGCUGAUUAAAUGAAACACAAUGCUCCUGUUGCACCAUGUCACUCAAAACCCCACGCUCCACUCGUUGACCUUUCACCUCUCUGGCUGGAUCUCAUCAUCACACCUCACCUGUGCUCGAUCCAGAGGGGCCGACAUGUAAAAUCAAGCUCUUCUGCGCAGUAAAAUAACAAAAAUAAGGUGAACACGGCUAAAAGAAAUCUCCAUACGCACAAUCACACGAGGUGUUAGCGACAGUGUGGUCAGGGGACUUUUGAUCAGACGCAAUCUGACAUGUUAUGUUGGCUGGAAAUAUGUUUUUUUUUUUUUAAUUUAAUGUUUUAUGUUUGUUUUUGCCUUAUUUGAUUCUCUUGCAAUAUUGCCUUUAACUUCACAUGCGAGACUGGAAACAAGUUGCCGGGAGGAAUGAGUGCUCUUUGCUGCUGCUUCUGCUUCUCAUGAGUGACUUUUAGAAGAAAGAACAACACAGUACUGUACAUCUGUCCUGCCAACACACAGGCUUCUUCUUCUUUCUUUCUUUCUUUCUUUCUUUCUCCUUCAUUCCUCAGGGGUGUCAGUUGAAAUGCCUCGCUCUGGCGUGUGGUGGCAACAACCCUGAAUUUCAGUCCCACCUGAGCGUUCACUGUGAGUGUGCCAGUACGUCGUUUUGGAAAGUGUGUGUGAGUGUGUGUGUGUGUAUUUUGUUAGUAUGUGAUGUGUUUGGUAAUUGUACUUUAUGAUGUUGCACUGUUGGUGUUGUGGAGCAUAAACAGGAAUGCAUGUUUUAAACAUUUAGGAAAAUAAUUACCAGGUUACAAAGAGGUUCAACGCCCGGUCACACGUUUCUCUAUAUUUACAUGGCAUUCAACCAGGAUCAGUCACUGAAUAUUUAUUGUUUAUACUGUACAUUUUCAGAGUAUAUGAUGCGAUUAACAUUAUAAAUCUAAUCAGAUCAUAUUUUGUAUCUGCAGGAGAGCUAUAAAGGUACCACGUCCUUCAGAUAGAAUAUAGUCGAUGCUGUCAGGGAGCUUUGUUGAAAAAUGAAGAACUCCAUGUGACUACUCAUAAUUAUUUUUGGCGGCGAGCAGAGUUACCUGGGCUUUUUCAUUUUUCUCUGUCAGACAGGGAUUAAUCUCAGUUUGAAGAAUGAGGAGCUGAAUCCACAGAAAGACAAGAACGAGCAGGUUUGUGGAGCCUGAACCGGAGCCACCGGAGUUUUUACUGUCAAAUUAAAUUCAAAUUAAAUUAAGUUCCACACAUAAAAUUGUGCAUUGUUUGCACCUAAGUUUACGGCUUCAAGUCGUCUUCCUCUCUGCUUUGGUGGGCUCACUGCUCUGCUUCCUUGCACGUUACAGCCACCAACUGUGGAUCACGUGAGUAGCGGAGGCCCAUUCAUAAAAACACUGCUACAUAGCUUUACUAGUAGGACCCCUUUAAUGUUUAUGUGCCCGACUGAUUCUAUGACAGUUAGAAAGAGCCACUCUGAGCUGGAAUUAGCUAAACGUGUAUAAAAAAUAUAGAUAAUAGCUGCCUUAAAUUUUAUAAUGUACAGUUUAAAUGGAAAUUUAACAGCUUUUUUUAUUCAAAUUAUCGAAUAAUUAACUUCUUAUAAUCAAAAAAGUAAACGUCUGUAAUCACUCUGGUGGCACGUUUCAGGCUCAGUGUGGGAGAAUCGUCCCUGGCGAGUCGUUGUCAGAGCACACAGGCACAAGGUUUUGUCCUCGUGUCCUGAGGUAUUUUAUUAUAACGUCCUGUCAUAUCAUAACAAAGAACUGAAAACUGUCUACACACUCCCAGAAACAACAAAACCCUGCACCCCUUUUUUCUGGCACUGCAGUUUCUCUUUCAGCCACCUCCCCACUGCAGUUGAUAGGAACCCUGUCUGAUGAUGCUGAUAUUUUUGGUCUAUAUUAGUGAACUAGAGGCAAGUGCAAAGAUAUGUGUAUAUGUGUUUAUUUUGAUGAGAGUAUUUAUACAGAUAUAUUUCUGAAUACUUUUUACUAGGUCUGAGGAGUUGUGAUUGUUUCCACUACACAUGAAUCUUAUCUGAGGAUAAAAAAAACUAGAAAAAAAAAAAAGCAUUCAACACGGGACCAGAAUUUCCCUGCUGUCGCAUUAAAAACCUUUUCAGGAAUCAGAGGUUCAGUUUAAGAGAAAACUUGAAAAUCAAUAAAACUGGAGCAACGAGGUUUGCGUACGACAGCAGCAGUUUGUUAUUUGCCUUGCGGUGGGUUUUGUUGUGACCUAUCCAGAUUUGUAAGACUUUCCUUUAGUCCUGAGAACAUCCACUACACAUGGCCUCAAAGUCACUGUGCUGCUCCACCAUCCUCUGUUCUUUUAAAGUGCGAGAUUAUUCACAGGACUUUUGUAAAUACUGAAACCUCUGUACAUACAUGUUCUGUAUAUACUGACAGGGGAGAAAUUUAAAUAUAUAUAUAGAUAGAUAUAUACAAAUACUGUAUUAAAAAUAUAAAUGAACAUUAUAACAUUAUACUGUACAUAUAAUAUUAUAAUGUUGCUGGUUUUAGCACAAUUAUGCCACAUUGACGCAAAAUAACAUCCAGUAGACUUCGCACAGUAAAAAUCUGAAAUGGUUCAGUAGAUCUCACGGCACCGACGUAGGCUCAAGGUUAAAUCUAGUUUGUAGAUUUUCUAAAUAAAACAGCGGAUAGUGCUCGUGUUGCAGAUUCUUGACUAAGAAUUAAAGAGACAGACAGCAGGUAAUGAAUCUGCUCAGUUCCACAACAUGUCUGAGAACAGUUAUGUCCGUCAUGUUAUAUAUAAGAUGUGAUUUUAAAAUGAGAACAUACAAAAAACAUUAACAAGCAGAAAAACUACCAAAUCAAAAGUCGUUUUUAAAAAAGUACAUUUUCUACAAUUUAGGGCUGCAAUUAAUGAUUGUUAUCAUUAUCGAUUUCAUAUUGAUUAUUUGCAUGAUUAACCAAUUAAUCAUUUGGUCUAUAAAAUGCCAGAAUAAAAUGGCCAUCACAGUUUCCUAAAGCUCAAAGCACCGUAUCAAAUUGCUUGUUUUGUCCAACUAACACUUUGAAUCUGUAGAUAUUCAGUUUCCUGUCACAGAGGAUGAAAAAAAGCAGUAAAUCCUCACAGCAAUGAAGCUGAAACAAGAAAAUGUUUGUUCCAAAUUAUUUUUCAUCCGAUCAAAUUGACUCUACUACAACUCACACUGAUCUAUUCAGAUCCUCCGGCUGAGUUUAAAUUAGAACAGCAUGAAAUGCUAUCACCAGUAUUUAUCGUUUUAAUAUUUACAGGAAAACUUAAUGCUGACCACAAAAUAGUUUUGUUUUUUUUAAAAAGUGAUUUGUGCAGUUGGGCUGUGCUGAGGUGAAUGGUCUGUCCUGUCUGUGUCUGGAUUUCUGUGUAACAAUGUGCUGCUCUUCGUUUUGUACUAAAGGGCAUCGGAUCAAGGCUUGUACAUACAGUAUUCAUCAGAAACAACUUUAUUAACAAUAACCCUGUCGAGCAGAGACAGUGGGAGAGACAGUUUCCAGUGUUACAGCUUUUGCAAGCAUGCCCUUUGAGCACUAAAAUACGAAGGCCUUUUAUUGAAAAUGAAUAGGUGGAAUGUACUGGUGAUAGACGGUGUUCACCUCAUAGGUAGUGAUACAGGCGGAUUGUGUGUGUUGUGGACAUAGUGUGAAGCUACAGAGGGUGGAGGGGUAUUUGAUUUUUAAAAAAAAGAAAUGUGUAAUGCCUAAUGUUAGGGGGAAGAAGGUGUUUGAUUCGACAUUGUCCUGUGUGAAACUCAGCAGCAUGCUUUUUAACCAUGCCUAUGAAAUAUGUCUCAUCUUUGGUCCUAUCUAAAUGUGCUUGUAUUUAUUUUCUCUAAGUGAAUAGGUCGACCUUUGCAAGAGAAGAAUAAUUCAGUGCUCCCCUUUUUUAGUCAAACUCCCCAUUGAUUCUACCAACAACGUGUUUGAGUCAUUCAUGAUUUACUGUUUGUUUUCACCUCGUAUCUCCUGUGUUACAUUAAUGCAGUAUGUUCCAACCUUUUUAUCAAUGGCAAAUGUUUAAAAAAAGCACAUCAGACUCAAAACAAAGACCAUUGUCAGGAAAUCAAAGACCUUCGUGACAUGAUGUUUCUAUGAAUUCACACUGAAAUCAUACGACAAGUGAGAAAAAACGUGCUGCAUUUAGGUUUAUUUUUAUCCCUGAGUUUGUAAAUUACCCUGUGGUGCAUGCAGCCAUUGCAAGUACAUCUCCAACCAUCUUUUUGUUUUUGUUUUUUGUUUUUUUUUUUUUACUUUUCUUUGGUUUAAGUUUAAGUUCCAAGUAAUGGGGGCCAAAAUAAAAAGGGAACACAUACAUGAUCAAGGAAUCUUUUUAGACUUAAAAGUUCUUUGUGUCAAACUGUAGUGAUGCUGUGGACUCUUUAAAGUUUGGCGUGAAGAGGAAAUGCCUUUUCUUGGACAUGCUAACUCCCGGUCACUAAGUGGAACACAGUGUAAGAUAAAAGAAAAAAAAAAAGAUAAUCCUCAUCCGAAUGUUGAAACCAUUAAAAAUGUUUUUAUAUUA